GAUUUGUAGGCACUUUACUGAGGACAUGGCAUCUGCUACUCCAAGAAAAAGAAAACGCAGUUCUGAUGGUUUGCUACUAGUAUAUGGGAAUCCAGUGAAAAAACUGAUGAUGGAAUUCACUGAGGAGCCGCCCAUGGCUAUGAUAUCUGCAGGUCAAAGUUCUGCAUCUCCAGUAAAGCAAAUGCCAAGUGUCCGAGAUGAUGAUAAAGAAAACCAUCACAUGCUCCAAAAAUCAAAAAAAUUACAGAAGCUUGAUACCUCUCCACUUCAGAGAGCCAGUGUGCCAAAGGGAAUACAAAGGGAGUUCCCACAGAGAAUGUCUCCAGAGUGUGGCACCACACACAGUUCCAUUGUAUCCACCAGCUCCUUUUACAGCAAAGGGAAGCAAUAUCGAAGCCUGCUGGAGAGGAAACUGGCAAAUGAAAGCCAUCCUCUUGGUCCAAGAAAUGAUGGAAACCUACUUAUUGCGAGCAAGUCAGAGACGGCACAUCUUAAAGUGAUGACAGCCUCAACAAUAUCAAAGUGCCCUGGUGCUUCCAGGCAGGCCAAGAAUUUGCCAGGAAACACCAAAAGAGCCAAAAUAAAGAUGGCUCCUCCCAAGGGGAAAGAGGAUGCUAAUUGUGCUAUGGAAAAGAAAAUGGAUGGUCCUUUUAGAGUCUUAAGCAUGAAAUUCAAACCUGUGGUGAAACUCCAGACAGGGGCAGCAUUCUUUGGCACUGGAAAGUGGCAGCCUGGCUCUAAGAAAAUGCUUCCAUCAUCCCCCUACUCUGUUAGCAAGUCCAUAGGUAAAGGGAAUCAGGACAACCCCCUGACCCAUUCCAAGCUCUGCUUGUCCACUCAAAGCAAAGCCACUGAAGAAGGCAGGAAAGGAAGCUGUGCAAAUGGGCUCUCGAAAGAGGAAAAACGUGAUCGCCUGCAGGAUGAUGUGAAAUUGAUUCACAAUACAAGCCAAAAUAAGGAGUCUAUAUGUGAACUGAACCUGUUGCAAAAUACUAGGCUCCUCAAAACUCCUCACUCUGGUUGCACAAAGGCCCACGCAGAAAAGGAAACUGAUGCUGGAAUCCAGGACUGUGAAGAAAACUUCCAGAGAUCACUGAGAAACAUGGGCAAGCAUGAGAGUGCCUCUUCCAUGCCAUCUUUGGCCGAUGACACCCAUCUGUUGUUCAGUACACUAAUAUGGCUACCAAGUGUCUGGCAGAGGAACUAUUAGAUGCGGGCUUCAAUU